AAACAAAAUUACAACAUAAAAAUUUUGGAGCAAAAACUAAGAAAUUCAAUCUGCAAACAAUUAAUUGAGUAAAUGGCUGGUAAUCAAGGAAAAGGAAAGGGUUUUUUUAAACACUUGUUGAGCGGUAAUAGUUCUAGACCUAUCCUGCUCAGAGGAGACCCUGAUAAGAGGGGGGUAACGGGUUCUACUAGGAGGGCUAGGCAGGAAGAUGCUGCCAGACACAGUGAGGCCCAACGGUCGAGUACGCUGAACCAAGUGCGUACUCGUUUUGAUGACCAGGCUAGCAGCCACCAGAGUAGUUGGGGGGUUUCUAGUGAUGAUGAUGAUGCUGAUGAUGUUGAGUACCAAGGCGCUGUUGUUCACCCUGUGGACUGGACUGUUCUCCGGGGGUCCGACAGGAGAUUCGCACGUGUCGGCCCUAGUUCUUCGGGCGCAUCUGAGCGCACCAAACGUAGUCUCGUCGAGAAUGAGCCGCCACAGGGGAGCAGGCGCUCACAGUCCGCUGGCACGGACUGGUUAGUCACAUCGCCUCAGCUCGGGGGCCCACAGAUAAGCGCCUGAUACCCAGCUAUGGCGGGCACAUUGCUAAACUUAUUUUUGACGGCUCUGAAUGUCAUCCAAAUACAAAGCACUUUGUGAACCGAUGGACAUAUAUAAAUAACAAGAACACGACAAUCCAUGGGUGCGUUUAAGUACAGAACCGCAUUUGUUACGUACAUAAUCACUCAAAUCUAACAUACGGUUAUGCUCAAGCCGCAGCUGCUCCAAGGCAUAGAUAGAUACGUGGCGAUAUAAAGGUCUGAAGAAAUGUUGUCGCAACGACCUUGCUACUGAAUUCAUGGAUUCCUGUAGUGAUUGUCGGAUCCUGGCUUGUUGGUUUGUAAUCUUUGCGUGUGCCCUUUUUGGACAGGGUAUCAAAUGAGCUAUUACCGCUACCAAGAUAAUAAUACUUAAAAGACGAGUGUUAGCUUUCAACUCUGCUGGUAGUCUGGUUACCCAUGUGUAAACAUUCAUUCGUCCACGCACGCACAAAUUUCUCUCUAAGUGGAAUCCAUGUUCCAGCCAAAUACCGAACGACCUUUUUGUUCCUAACCGACCAGGUAUUCACGAUCGCUUGCCAUCUCUCUUCAAAUUCGUCAAUUGUAGAACUUUCAACCAAGGGGUUCUAUCUACUUUUCCUGAAUACCUGCCCUUGUUGAUUUCUUUUCCCGCCACACAACUUGUCCACCAUGUUCUCAACGUCGUUUGCAAUAUGCCAAAUGCAUAACAAAUGUCGCACAUCUACAUUAAACAUAACAUUGA